GUAAAACUAGAGUCAUCAACGUAAGUCAUUUUAAAGCUAUCAUGGCAGCCACCAAAGGCUCCAAAGAGCAAAAAUACGACAGACAGCUGCGUCUGUGGGGUGACCAUGGACAGGAAGCUCUGGAGAACGCUCAUGUAUGUCUCAUCAAUGCCACAGCCACUGGAACGGAGAUCCUGAAGAAUUUGGUGCUACCAGGGAUUGGAGCUUUCACCAUUGUAGAUGGACAUACAGUUGCUGGGGAAGAUGUAGGAAAUAACUUUUUCCUUAGCAGCAACAGCAUUGGAAAGAAUAGAGCACAAGCUGCCACCGAGCUACUACAAGAGUUGAACAGCGACGUGUCGGGAAACUUUGUCGAGGAGAGCCCAGACAAGCUUCUGGACAAUGAUCCGGAGUUUUUUCACAGAUUUACAAUAGUCAUUGGAGUCCAGUUGCCAGAAAGCACAUGUUUAAGGCUCGGCUCAGUUCUGUGGAGUGCCUCUGUACCUUAUCUAGUUUGUAAAACCUAUGGCCUGAUAGGCUACAUGAGGCUAGUAGUGCAGGAGCACACAGUCAUUGAAUCUCAUCCAGACAACGCAUUGGAGGAUCUCAGAUUAGAUCAACCUUUUGAUGAGUUUAAGAACCACAUAAACUCCUAUGACCUCACAAGCAUGGAAAAGAAGGAUCACAGUCACACCCCAUGGAUUAUCAUUGUAGCUAAAUAUCUGGAUCGGUGGCUCAGUGAGCAUGAUGGUCAGCCACCAAAAAAUUACAAGGAGAAGGAAUCCUUCAGACAAAUGAUUCGGGAAGGGAUCUUGAAGAAUCUGAACGGUGUUCCAGAAGAUGAAGAAAACUUCGACGAAGCUAUUAAGAAUGUCAACACUGCGUUAAAUCCAACAAAGAUUCCAAGUGCUGUUGAAGAUCUCUUCAGUAGUGGACAAUGUAACAUCACAGCACAGUCUCCAUCCUUCUGGGUGAUGCUGCGAGCUGUGAAAGAGUUUGUUCACAGUGAAGGCAGUGGAAACCUUCCUGUACGAGGCACCAUCCCGGACAUGAUAGCAGACUCUCAGAAGUUUAUCAAUCUCCAAAACAUUUACAGGGAAAAGGCCCUGCAGGAUUCAGCAGCUGUUGCUAAGCAUGUUGAAAGUCUACUACAGUCUGUUGGAAAGCCAGCAGAGAGCAUUUCUGAAAGAGACAUCAAGCUGUUCUGUAAAAAUGCAGCCUUCCUUCGUGUUGUGUGCUGCCGGUCUUUGGCUGAAGAAUAUCACGUGGAUUCAGUAAAUAAGGAUGAGAUAACUUCUUGCAUGGACAGUCCAGACAGCGAGAUGGUCUUCUACCUCAUGCUCCGCGCUGUUGAUCGCUUCUAUCAGCUGCACUCUCGCUACCCAGGAGUGUAUAACUACCAGGUGGAGGAAGACAUCAGCAAGUUGAAGCUGUGUGUGAACAGCCUGCUGCAAGAGUACAACCUCAAUGUCAACAUAAAAGAUGACUACAUCCAUGAGUUUUGUCGAUACGGUGCAGCGGAGCCACACACAGUUUCCGCAUUCUUAGGAGGAUCAGCUGCUCAGGAGGCAAUCAAGAUCAUCAGCCACCAAUUUGUGCCCUUCAACAACACUUUCAUUUAUAACGCCAUGUCACAGACCUCUGCAACAUAUCAGCUAUGAAUACAGUCGGUAUCUUUGCUAACGGAGACAUCUGCAACAGUGGCAGAAAGGAUGAACUUAUCGUAAAAAUGAUUUCCAUCCUUCUUGUAAGGAAGAAGAUCAUGAAGAUGUUUUUCCUAACACCCGUCUUCACCACCUUUCUGUCCUGGAGAGAUAUAAACAAGCCUGAUAGCGACACUUCGUUAGUUUUUUCACCUUUGUUAAUACAUUACGGUCUCUGCAGCACUUUGUAUGCUUUCAUCCCAGCUGUUUGUCAUUGUGUUUGGAGCAACAUCUGUAAACACAUGUCUUGCUGUAAAAGAUUCCAACAGUU